CCAACCUGAGUUGUCUGGUUCCUCAUGGACUUUUAGUAUUUUUCCCUUCCUUUCCUUCAAUGGAAAAAACAUUGGAAUUCUGGAGGGCUACCGGACAUACAAACCGCAUUGAGAAGUUAAAGCCCAUGUUUGUUGAACCUACAGAGAAGGGCACCUUUAAUGAAGUCAUUGAUGGUUAUUACACCAAAGUCAAUGAUCCCCGAUCCAAAGGAGGAGCCUUCUUUGGUGUGUGUCGAGGGAAGGCAAGCGAGGGUCUGGAUUUUGCAGACAUGUUUGGUCGGGGUGUCAUCAUUACUGGCCUUCCUUUCCCUCCAAAAAAAGACCCUCGCGUUGUCCUGAAAAUGCAAUUUUUGGAUGAGAUGAAUCAAAAGAAUUCUGUAGGGCAAAAGUACUUAUCAGGGCAAGACUGGUACAGACAGCAGGCUUUCAGAGCUGUGAAUCAGGCCAUUGGUAGAGUGAUUCGUCACAAGGAAGACUAUGGAGCGAUCUUCUUGUGUGAUCAGAGAUUUAAAAAUGCUGAUACCCGGGCCAUGCUUCCAUCGUGGGUGAGGUCUUAUGUGCGCCUCUAUGACACCUUUGGCAAUGUCGUCCGUGAUGUCUCUCAGUUCUUCAGGACUGCACAAAAAAUG